AUGAUAUAUUAUAAUUCAUCCAGUCAAUCAUUUGAAAAUUCAACCAUAGCUCAAUCAUCAUUAAUUGAUUCAAUAAAGAACUCUGAAAUACGACGACAAUUAUUUAAUCAAUAUAAAGAUAUUGCUGUACAAUCGAAAGCUCUUUUGUUUAAUUUCUAUUUGAAAACAGUUGAAGAACAACGAAAUGAAUAUAAGAAAAAGUAUGAUAUUGAAGUUAAAAAGAUGUGGUCUGAUCGACGUGCUUUGAGUAAUAAUGAACAAAUAUCAAUGAUUAUGAUUGAUUUAAUCAAUGAACGUUGCAACAAAAUUAGUGAACGUAUUCAAUAUAUUUAUAAAUAG